ACACACACACACACACACACACACACACACACAUCUACAUCCGCAUCCGCAUCCGCAUCCACACCCCAACCGAGAUGGAAUGUUCGCGGUCCUUCCUGCAGCCUCUGCUGCGGCGCACCGCGAGGAUCGGCCACCCGCUCGCGCCCUCGGCGGCGGCGGCGUCCCGGCGGCACCAGUCGACCACCGCGCGGACGAAGCGCGCCCUCAAGGUCGCGCCGCACUCGUCCUUCCUCCUCGAAUCGUCCGACGUCCCCCAGAUCAUCUACAACCCGCCGUCGUCGACCGUGUCGGUGUACCACACGCCGUUCAAGUUCCUGCCGCCGAUGGACCCGCGGCGGCGCGCCAACAUCAUGCAGCUCUUCCGAUCGUCCGCCGGUGACCCCGCCUCCGCCUCCGCCUCCGCGGUAGCCGAAGGCAACGGUGAUGGCACCCCCGCCGCUGACGCCGCCGCCAACGCCGCCGCCGCCGCCGACGCACCCCCGCCGCCCGCGCUCAAGUCCUACCCCAGGAAGUACAACGUCACGCGCGAGGAGGUGGAGGAGAUGCGCUACCUGCGCGCCAAGGACCCGGCCCUGUGGACGGUGCUCCGGCUCGCCGAGCGCUACUCGUGCGCCCCCUACUUCGUCAUGAUGUGCUGCCGCGCCCCCGCCGCCCACCGCGAGCACGAGCGCGCCCGCCUCGAGGCCAUCAAGGCCCGCUGGGGCCCCAUCCGCAGCCAGGCUCGCGAGGACCGCCGCAAGCGCAAGGAGAUGCUGCUGCGCGGCGAGAUUUAGACGCAGGGAGGGGGGGACCGAGAACGGAUGGGGGGUGGGCGCGUGCGUGCUUCGCUUGCGGGAACCCUCGCCUUGACGCCUGUCCUCCGUACCGCGGGCUACAUGCGGGGUGGCAGCACCCCCGGCACCCGUCUUCUUCUCCUCUCGCAGAUUAUUUCGUGCUUUCCCUCGAAUGUUUGGCACGCGAGCCCUCGUGCGCCGUGCCGGUGGAGACCCGCGUGGGCAGGGCCUGAGCAGAAAAUCCCGGCGGGUGAGAAAGAGGGAAAGAGAAGGUUGAAGAAGGGGAAGACGAAGAUAUUAACGAGAGCACGCGCAGCAUACGACGGGUUAAGGAAAAGAGGAGAAGGGGGGAGAGAAUAGCGUAGUGGGCUGUGACUUCGGGCUCAGGGCCGCGAGCGCGCGCGCUGUAUGAUAACAGGUAUCCGUUACACACAUUUCCAUGUACGCGAAUUAUGAGAAGCUAGACAGACUGUGUAUGCGUCUCGAGCGAGAGCGGGCAGCGAGCUUGCCAGUGUAUACGGCGGGAACAUGUCUAUUACGUUAACCUGCACAGAAUCGAUACACUGCAUCGUCUGCCGAA